AAAGGAAUAUUUUGUCAAAAUUUCAAGGUGGAGAUUUCUAGGUAGAAAUAAUAUCGAGAGCGAUGACCACGUGUCAACAGCUGUCUCUUUCGCGUAAUCUCCGAUAACGUUGGUCGCGCGAGAGAAGCCAGCCGGCCGCGUCUCGUGCGGACGUUAUUACGGUCUCUGUGUCUCACCCCGUAUGCAUCACUGACCCAACCCUACCGCACGCGGUGCUCCAUCCCCCCCUUUGAGCACCCCCCCCGCGGCUCUGUAUGAAGUAUAAUACUUUCGUGGUGUCGCGGGCACGAGUGACGGCGCGGGUUGAGUGGCGCGUUGUUCUCGCGCUAGCACGACCUCGUUAGAGCAAAGGGAAGAGCUGGAUUUUUCAUCCGUGUACAAUAGCGCGGCUCGCGAAACUGCGAUAUACACACAUUUCGACGAUGACCUCUUUAGAUAAUUCGAAAACAAUCCUUUUCUACGGAGAAUUUAGAAGAGUCAUAGCGCGAAACGUACGCGUUAAACGUCUCAAUCCUCAAAAACUUUUUUCCAAAAUCUUUUCUUUUUUUUUCCCCCUCUAUUUUGCAAGACAGCUUGAUCUCCGAGAAAAGAAAUAAGCGCACGCUGCCGAACUACUUUGCACGACACAGCACGUACACGGCGAAUAAAUAGAUUGGCGCAGACAACACACGCGAGGGGCGACGUUGAGGGAUACGAGGAGGAACGCGCAUCCUCACCUCCGUCGUUUCUACAUGUACAUAUCUCGAAAUGCGGAAUGCGUGAACGUUCGCGGCACGGGCAUCUCGCCGCAUUUAAUAGUCAGCGAAUUUCUCUCUCUCUCUUUCUCUCUCUCUGCCCGCAGAAUGGACAUCCUGCUGCGAGACAUGAACGCGCCGUGGCGAUGACAAGCCUGAUCUUGGAGAACGCCGACUUGAAUCGACUCUUUCCGAAAUGCCGGCCUAGGGGCGGCCCACCCCCGGCCCCGGGGGCCUCCACGCAGAGCAGCCAGCAGCAGCCGCAUGACAGCCCCUGCCAGACGGAGGCCGCCGCUAUCGCCACCGCCGCCACCGCCGCGACCGCCGCAACAGCCGCCGCUGUCACAAUCGCCUCUACGAACACGUCGACGAGCGCCUCCGCGAUAUCGGACGACAUGAUCGACCUCGAGCGCGACACCUCCGACAGGUAUAGGAAACGAGCGAAUGGCAGAAAAAAUUCAGGUUCGCUGUCCCGUAGGACGGCGAGCGUGGUGCCCGGUUUCACGGUCGAGGGCCAGCUGCCGCACGCUACGAAGCCGCUUUCGUCGAGUUCCUCCUCGGCGUCCGGACGCAGCGAGGACGCGCCGCAAUACGGCAGCCUGCCCGGUAGCGAUCAUCAGGGACAAUCGCAGCAGGACGACAGCGGACCCGAGGGGAGUCCGGUGUACAUUUUGACCUCGACCAAGGGAGGUCCCAGCUAUAAGCUUCGGGAUUCAAGAAUUAUAGAAAUCGCUGGUGGUCGAGAAGUGUUCUCGCAGAGCCGAGGGAAGGUGGCAGCUAGAAAGUCGCGAUUUCUGGCUGCGUCGAAUUCCAUAAAUAACGAGGAUAUUCAAACUGAUAAUAAGCUGUCUGUUAAGAAGAAUAAUAAGUCUCCUAGCUCGCAGACCAUAUGGGAGUUACGAAGCCGAUGUGGUGAAACUAGGAAGCAACGUGCAAAUCGAGAGGUCACAGAAACUGUGUUUGCCUCCGAGGUACAUUCGGUGCGACGCAACGCCGCGAAAUCCAUUCUCGAUUACGACUCGCCCAAGAGCAAUCGCAGCAAUCGCAUAAUCAAUUAUGAUUCAAUCUUGAAUAGCAAUAAUGUAGAAUAUACCGUACCGAAAAGUAUUACCGAUCUGGAUUAUGGAUUACCCAAGAGUUGCGUAGAUUAUCAGUCGAAUCACAACACACCCGCGAGAAGCAUGGCUAUCGUCAGCGAUGGUGAGGUUGUGGUGUUCGAUGAUAUCGAUGACAACUGGCAGGGGCUACGGCUGGAUUUGGCGUCGAAUAAUACGAAUCAGAUCACGACGACGAGUCUAGAUCUAGAGACGGAUGAUUCUCAGAGAGGUCGUAUUGCGCCGGAACCGCCGAGUUCUAGCGUCGGAAGUACUCCUAGUCCUACGACGGCAUAUCAUCGCAAUACUUCGGAAUUUUUCAAAGUUGUUACACCAGCGAGUGAUUGCGAGGCGGAUUCUCCUUCUCCAGAACGUAAUCAUAAAGUCGCGAGAGUAAUUGGUGAAUUACCAAUCGCUCAGUAUUCCGGUAGCCCGAGACGUUACGGAGUUCGCGAAAAUGCACAGCUUCCUAGCUUGUUAUCGUCACCUUCAAUGUACAUGACACCGAGGCCUGGUUUCCCGCAAAGAGUAUUGCCAACAACACCAAAUCAUAAUGAGAAGGAAGAUACUUCUGCAGAAAUCGUUAUAGACAAGACUGUGAUAGAAAAUAUUAGCACUGAAGAUCAGCCUAUAAAUCCUUCAUCUCCAUCACCAAAAGCUGAAGAGGAAGAGGAAGACUCUUUAAAGCCGUCGACUUUACCUGCUGAUAACAUAAGCAGUCUUGUCUCGCCAGGAGGUAGUACUUUCGAUUAUCUAUACGAAUUUUCAGAGACACGGAAAGUAUUGGAGGAAUUCUUCAAAUGCCCGGCGCCGACAAAAGAAAAGGAAAACAAUAUAGAAUCCUUUCCUUUCCAGGAUCUUGAUUAUGAAUUGCGAAGACAAGGAGGAAGUGCAUAUGUUGGCCAGCGAUUAGCAAGUGGUCCACCUGUGACAGAAGAGGUUAUGGUACAUGAAUCUCCUAAGAAGCAACGAACAGAAUUUUCACAAAAUGCAGGUGAACACGAGAACAAUUUUCUGGAUCUCUCAGUAGGUACCGGUAGCAGUGAAGAUCUUGGAGAGACUGAAGUUGGCUUGCAAGUAGGACACUCGCGUAAUUUUACGCUGAGUCCCGAAACAACCGACUGUGACAGUAAUUGUGGUGAUUUAGACAGCGAAGUAUCCCUCAUGAUGAUGGAUAAUGAAUUGAUGCCGGCAAGUGGCCUUCUCGGAUCGGUCGGCGAUUUGGGGAAUAAUUCGGAUUCCCUGAGAAUAUACACUAGCAUGCCGGUAUUAGAGGACGGUCUGUCUAGUGGACAUGCGAGCGAUACUGACAACAAUAAUCCUACUGUGAUGCUUAUGAAACGGCAAAUAAAUGAAAUAGAAAAGGAGAUCAUACAGAGAACUCGUAACGAUAUGUUGGGCACGAAUGAGAAUGACUCGGGGAAAGAUGUUAGUCUAAAUGUAACAAAAGAUAUUUUACACACGUUGAAAACUACAUCUCCCGAUCUGUUUAUCGCGAAGAAGGAAAAUUCGUAUGACACGAACGAACUACAACUCGAUGGAUUGGAUCCACUGGGCACACCGCCACCACCGGCACCUCAGGGACGACAAAGUGUAACCUUGGAGGUAAAUUGUGGCGAGGUAGAAGCGGCCAUCAAAGACAUCAGAAUGGCCCUACAAAGGACUAAAACUCUGCCUGUGAAAUCACCAUCGGAAGAGCCGCCGGAACCGAGCGUUAGUCCGAUAUGGAUACCAAGUAUAAUGGAUGGCAGGCGGAGAGUCUGUAUGGAAAGCAAUAGCGAAGAAUCUGAUGCGCGUCGUAUAGGUGACGAGGUUGAUGUGGAAGUUGAAGAAUGUCCAGACGAGGAAGAGGCAGAUACUGAUCUUGAAACGGAUCGGUUACUUGGACAACAAAGAACAGACGAUCAAGGAUUUUAUGAUGACAAGGGGUGGAGGAAGCCUAAGACUAGGACUAUGUUACCACCAAUGAAUGCGAAAGUCGCUACUCCAAAGCAAACCCCUCCCAAAACCUUGAGUGUCGCCCCGAUAGAAACGCUAGCGCCUUCCGAGCCUAUACCCUCGACAUCUGCCUCGAUCUCCCCACCUCCUGUAGUGUCUGUUAUACAAUCGUCGUCUUCUAACGAGUGUGAAGUAGCCACUCCCGCGCAACCUACAUCGAGUCCGCAGAAGACCCCAGUCAAAAACUCUCCCUCAUCCCCUCAGAGCCUCAAGGAAUCCAACAACAAAGUGAAAAAGGAUAAGGAGGGAAAGAAAAAGAGCAGAAACAAGGAAGACUUACUGGAUGAUCCAUCAGUGUUGAUCGAGGGUGUGCUGUUCCGCGCGAGGUACUUAGGUUCCACGCAACUGGUGUGCGAGGGUCAGCCAACGAAGUCGACUCGCAUGUGUCAAGCGGAGGAAGCCGUUUCCAGGAUAAAGGAUGAUGGGCCGGUGCCGAUGCAGGCAACGCUCUUAAACUAUGGGGGGCAGCAUGGGUAUGGUCGCUGCAGCAUUGCCUCGCAAGGAAGCCUAGAGGAGGACGAGUGCGACUCGAGCGAAGAACUUAUAGGAAGCGCUUCUGGUGGGGGCCAGUCCGAGUCGCAAGCGCUUGGGGCCCAGCCGAAACUGGCCCCGAUCAGUGGCUGCUUGGGGCCCACAACCGUUUUCAGACUACAGUUUCUCGGGUCGGUGGAGGUGGAAGAGGAAGGGGGACGUAAACGGCGUAAGCGCCUUAAGAACCACAUGGUGGAGGAGGCUGUGACGAAGAUAAAGGCGCUGGCACCGGACGGUGACACUCAGCCAAGCACGGAGGUAGAUCUCUUUAUCUCGACGGAGAAGAUCAUGGUUCUCAACACUGAUCUGAAGGAGAUCAUGAUGGAUCACGCGCUACGCACGAUUUCCUACAUAGCGGACAUCGGUGAUCUGGUAGUGCUAAUGGCGCGGCGACGUUUCGUGCCCCACGAAAUGGAGGAAGUACCAAAAAUCAACCGUACUCCGAAGAUGAUAUGCCACGUUUUCGAAAGUGAGGAGGCUCAAUUUAUAGCACAAAGUAUUGGACAAGCAUUCCAAGUAGCUUACAUGGAGUUCCUAAAGGCAAACGGGAUUGAGGAUCAUAGCUUUGUUAAGGAAAUGGAUUAUCAGGAGGUGCUCAAUUCGCAGGAGAUAUUCGGCGACGAGCUGCAGAUGUUCGCGAAGAAGGAGAUGCAGAAAGAGGUAGUGGUACCGAAAGCGAAGGGAGAGAUCCUCGGUGUUGUGAUCGUUGAGUCCGGCUGGGGCUCCAUGCUGCCAACCGUAGUCAUAGCAAAUCUUGCGCCGGCCGGUGCCGCCGCGCGUUGCGGUCAGCUUAACAUUGGCGAUCAGAUAAUAGCGAUUAACGGUGUAUCGUUGGUCGGCUUGCCUUUGUCCACGUGUCAGACUUACAUAAAGAACUCGAAGAAUCAAACGGUCGUCAAGUUAACUGUCGUGCCGUGUGCACCUGUCGUCGAAGUGAAAAUCAAGAGACCCGACACGAAAUAUCAGUUAGGAUUUAGUGUACAGAACGGAGUGAUAUGUAGUCUAUUGAGAGGUGGUAUCGCCGAGCGGGGCGGAGUUCGGGUGGGCCAUAGGAUAAUUGAAAUUAAUAAUCAGAGUGUUGUUGCUGUACCGCACGAAAAGAUUGUUAAUCUUCUGGCUACGUCAGUGGGAGAGAUUUUGAUGAAAACGAUGCCCACGUCGAUGUUUAGGCUAUUGACCGGCCAAGAGUCUCCGGUGUACAUAUAAAAAGCGUUCAGUUGCCUGGCUGAUGCGUAGUGAACAGACAAUACAUCCACCAUCCACUACCAUACUAUCUGCUACUAUCUUUACUGUACAGGUUUAUUCUAUGCAAAUCGCUUUGUGUUUUCGAUUCUUAUGGGACGAUUCGAUACAUUUACCAGCUCCUGCUUAGUAAACGAGACCUACAUAGGUACGUCGCAGAAACGUUACUAAAUAUCUACUCAAGCAUAAUUUAUAUGAUUAUCGAUUAUUGUAUAAGAGAUAUACGUAUAGUACUAAUCAAUGAGAUUCUCUAUAACAUAAAUAUAUUUCUUGAAAUCUUGCCAGAUAUUAUUUCCGAUAUAUGUCGAUGUUGAUAUUUGAUUUAUUUGCGUCUGAGCGAUGUAAAGAUUACGGCGAAAUUGCCGCGAUAAGUAUUUGAUUUGUUACGAGUAUCUAGCGAUAGAAGGACGAUAGAAGAAAAAAAAAAAUAUUGAUUUUCAAUACACAACACAGUGGAUGUUACAGAGAAUCGCAUUAUUCGCGCCAAGGAAGAUGAUAGGUGAUGCAAAUGAUGCAGUUGCACAUGAUUAUAAAUAGCACAAAGCUCUUUAGCAACAGCUGGAGCAGAGCUGGAACUGUAUAUUACGUAGUUUAAUGACGUAGUAAUAUUUAUAAAAAGGAUCUCCCUCUAUCUCUGGAGAUACUUGAAGCUAAAGCGUUUAUUUAAUCUUUUUUAUCUUUAAGGCCGACGAAUACUCGCGGCGUGACACCCCGAGUGUAUUAAUUUGUACUAAAAUUACUAUCUAUCGUAGAAAACUUCGGACGCGUAAAUCUCGUGAUAAAUAACGUCAUAGUAAUUAUAUAGAAGAGAGUGCAGAGUAACGUAUUCUAUACGAGACAGAUUUUUUUAAACGAUUAGAUUAAUUCGUUUUGCAAGAUAUUGAGCUGACUUUUGGUAACGAAUGAUCAUCGAAAUGUCGCUGAACAAAAACGUUGACUCAGCACACCAUGUAUGCCUACGUACCGCUUUAUCGACAUUCUAUUCUAUGAUAUUAUAUCCAUCUGUAACGAAAAUGAAAUCAUAACGCAGCAUAUUCACCGCGUGAUAUUAUUCUUAAAGUGAAAAUAUUUGAAAGUCCUUCAUGCUUCAUAAAUGAUUAUCAUUCGCGAGAAGAUGACCUAAGAAAAAAAGAGUUUUGUUUGCUUCGAAUAAAUUGCGAUGUCCGCAAAUGCACAAUUUUAAUAAAUAAUUUAGAAUAAUACUUGUUUUCGGAAGAGAUAUGCGACUCGUCUUUUUGUUUCUCGCGAAUAAUAAUCAACUAUAAGCUUGCUAUCAUCUUGUUCCCGGUAUAUUACAUUAAUUCGCUUCUUCGAUCACGCGUUGAUAAAUAUUGAGAAGUGACUGUGCAUAUUUAAAAGUUCAGCUUUCAUAAACAUAAGAUCGAUUUAGACACUUUACAGUAAAAAUCUUCGAACUUUCGAACAUCUUACGUCUUCUAGCUCUCUCUUUCUCUUUCGAUACUUUAGAAAUCUCUACGCUUUCGCGCUCGAUUUAAAUAGAAAUUCAACAUCUUCAUCGGAUUCUUGACUCUAAUUAAAUCUGAACUCAGAAAAAAUCAUGGUAUAAGCUAUUUUGAAAUGAAGCUUUAUGCUGAUAGCAUUAUAAAUGUCUGUCAAUUAGAUAUCUUUGUCUUUCGAAAUUUCACGCCAUUUCAAAAUAAUACACAUCUAUUUUAAAAGUGAAAUAACACUUUUAGGUAAUCUCAUUUUGUAAAUUCUUGUGAUGGAUUGGCGAGGAAUGCUUAAAAAGCAACUAAAAAUCUUUCUAUCCGAUUUUGCAGAGUAGAAUUAUUUUUAAUUCACUUUCCGCGUUCGGAAAAGUUCAGCUUACAAAGAUAGUUCUAGUAGUUAAUCGUAGAAAGGCUUAUGAAUGGCACCUUAUCAACUUGCAGUAAGUCUUCAUUCACUGUGUAUAAUACUUACAUGUAAAAUAUGUAAAUUCGAGUCUUAACGUAGUUUCACUGCAUAUAGGCAUGCAAAAUGAAAUCUAGCUUCUCCUGACUUAUAACUCCCCGUCAAAAAAAA